AUGGAUCGGGAUUAUGAUAUGAGGCAGCAUUCCCUCCUGAAAGUUCCCGGGGCCAAGCUCCGCCUGAUGUGCAGCUAUGGAGGCAAUAUCAUGCCACGUCCCCGUCCCCACAACAACCACGACUCUCUCUACUACGUGGGCGGCGACACCCGCAUGGUGGCUGUGGAGCGUAACACCUCCCUGAAGGACCUCUGUGCUGGCCUCUCCAACACCCUUCUCCAUGGACGUCCCUUCACCCUCAAGUACCAGCUCCCCGAGGAGCAACUUGACAACCUCAUCACCGUGGCCACCGAUGACGACCUCCAGAACAUGAUCCAAGAGUAUGACCGCUUGGCUUCUUUCUCUCCUCCUCUGCGUCUCAGGGUCUUCCUCUUUGUCUCGAAACUAGACACGGCGGUUUCCAUGGGUGCACUCCUGGACGAUGCCAAGUCCGAGACGUGGUUCGUGGACGCUCUCAACAACUCGGGGAUGAUGAAUAAUAUAUCUCGUGUUGUUUCUGAUUCUGCUGCUGUUGAUGAAUGCCUCCUCAGCCUUGCUGAUGAAGUCCCAGUCCCACAUAAAACGGAGCAGGAAGUUAAUAAGCAGCAUUUGGGUGAUGGCAGCAGCAAGGUGAUGGACGAGCAUUUUGCACAACUCACGCUUGGUUUGCCUUCUCCUGAUUCUGUUGCAAGUGAUAGCAGCAUUGCAUCUGCAGCAAGUUGUUCAAUCUCAAAGGGGCAGGGGUUUUAUUAUCAAGAACAACAAGUGGAUCCAAAUCAGAAUCAGCAGCAGCAAUUUGUGUACAUCCAACCCCACACUCACAACACUGGACAUGGACAUGGACAUGGACAAGUGACAAUGCCAUCCUACCACAACACAGUGUAUGUAGUGCCAGUUGACAUUUCACAAGUGGCAACUAAUUACCCAACUAUGCUAACUACCGCAACAAAUGUACCUGACAUGCCUUCAACUCAUCCUGCAUUUCUUCAAACACCUUCCAAUCAAUAUCAGCAACAACGCUAUGUGCCUUUGCCUCAUCAUCCAAUUGCAGUUGCCACAACCAAUUAUGGGGGUGGAUCUAAGCAAGACCAGCAACUAGUAUAUUACACACAAACGCAAACCCAGCAGCAGCAAUCCAGUGCUCCACAAACCCUUCAGUACCAAUCCAUGAUCCCAGCAGCCAAAGAUUUCCCUCUGUGAUAUAUACUAAGUAUGAACCGCAUUUUGUUGAUUUUGUACUCCGACAAUAAAUAAGGAUCACGUCCCCUCUUUCUUUCUUUCCUAGUAUGCAAGAUCAUGCAUGUUGUAUGCAAAUCCUGCUUAAUUAAUUUUCAG